CGAAGCCCUUCAGUUGCCGUGUAGAGUGAUUUGACGGAGGGAGUCUCUUGUGGAUGGGCCAGCACUACGCUGAAAUCGGCUGCUCGCCUUUGCUAAACACGCAUGUAAUGUUUCGGUGGAAUCUGAACGUGGAAUCUGCUGGAAACAAAUACAACCGUGCGCUUUUGCAUGUCAGGAACGGAGGAAUUGGUCGCUGGUCCACGGCCGCAUAUCGUUUUUUUUCUUCAAAUUUCCCCCUAUGUCACAUGUAAUUAAUCGAAGGCAUGUGGAAUCGCACAAGGAUUAGGAAUUGCCUCCCAUUAGUGUGUCUGCUGUUGACGUUAUGGACGAAGGUGUCCCAGUCAACCGGCUAUUUUGAGCUCCAGUUGAUCAACGUAGAGAAUGUAAAUGGCGAGUUGGCGAACGGGGAAUGCUGCGAUGGCACAAGGAACUCCAAGGACCGGAGGUGUAGCCGAGACGAGUGCGACAUUUACGUCGACGCUUGCCUUAAGGAGUAUCAGAUGGAGGUCAACACGGAAGGCAAGUGCACCUACGGAUCUAAAUCGACACCCGUACUCGGUGGAAAUAUCUUUUCUUUCAAGAGCUCCAAAAACCCUAAUAAAUUCGACGACGCUGGAAAGAUCAUGAUCCCCUUCCAGUUCGCCUGGCCGCGGACUUACACUCUGAUCGUGGCCGCUUUCGAUUGGGACAACACCACACGCAACGGCGGGGAUAAGCUUCUGAUCGAGCGCAGCGUGCACACAGGCUUCCUGAACCCGGGCGAGCAGUGGCACACGGAGCAUCACAACGGGCCGGUGGCGCGGCUGACGUACCGCGUGCGGGUCCGCUGCGACGAGCACUACUACAGCAGCAAGUGCAACGAGCUGUGUGUGCCGCGCGACGACUACUUCGGCCACUACCGCUGCGAGACUUCAGGCCAGCGGGCCUGCCUGGACGGCUGGAUGGGCAAGGACUGCACCAUAGCGAUCUGCAAGCAGGGUUGCAACCUGUUGCACGGGAGCUGCGGCAAGCCUGGGGAAUGCAAGUGCAACUACGGCUUCCAGGGGCCGUUCUGCGACGACUGCGUGCCGUACCCGGGCUGCGUGCACGGGACCUGCGCCGCCCCGUGGCAGUGCAGCUGUGAGAGGAACUGGGGCGGCCUGCUGUGUGAUAAAGACCUGAACUACUGCGGCCGCCACCACCCCUGCAUCAACGGGGGCACCUGCAUGAACACGGAGCCCGACCAGUACCAGUGCCUCUGUCCCCAGGGCUACUCCGGCCAGACCUGCCAGAUAGCUGAGCACGCCUGCGUCUCGGACCCCUGCGCCAACGGCGGGACGUGCCAUGAGGUUCCCUCGGGGUUUAACUGUCACUGCCCGCCGGGGUGGGAGGGCCCCACCUGCGCUAACAACCUGGAUGAGUGUGCCUCUAAUCCGUGUGCCCAGGGUGGGACAUGCGUCGACCUGGACAACAGCUUUGAGUGUGUCUGCCCCCCUCAGUGGAAAGGGAAGACCUGCCAGAUAGACGCUAACGAGUGCUUGGGGAAGCCCUGCCUCAACGCUCACUCUUGCAAAAACUUGAUCGGUGGAUAUCUUUGCGCCUGUCUCUGGGGAUGGUCCGGACAGAACUGUGACAUCAAGGUCAGCAGCUGCCGUGGUCAGUGUCAGAACGGAGCCACGUGCAAGAAGGCCCAGGGGAUCUACCAGUGCCAGUGUCUGCGGGGGUUCACGGGCUCCCACUGCGAGGUCCGGGCGAGCGCCUGCGACUCCGGGCCCUGCCACAACGCGGGGCGCUGCCACGACCUCCGGGGGAGCUUUGUGUGCGAAUGCCCCCCCGAGUUCUCAGGAGAACUGUGCGAGAUCCCCAGUUGGAUGCCCUCCGACCCCUGCCACCCCGACCCCUGUGAGAACAAAGCCAGGUGCCACGGCCAGGCCCAGGAUUUCUACUGCGCCUGUCCCGAAGGCUACCAGGGGAAGACCUGUGGGCAGGCCCGGGACCGCUGCCGGAGCCCGCCCUGUCAAGCGAUUGACAGCUGCACCAUCACCGUGGCGACCAACAACUCGUCGGAGGUGCGGCACAUCUCCUCCAAUGUGUGCGGGCCCCGGGGCACAUGCAGGAGCCAGCCGGCGGGCAACUUCACCUGCCUCUGUGAUCCGGGCUUCAUGGGCACCUACUGUCACGAGAACGUCAACGACUGUGACAGUAGCCCCUGUCGCAGUGGAGGAACGUGCAUCGACGGUUUGAACUCCUUCCAGUGCAUCUGUCCCGACGGCUGGGAAGGCCGACUUUGUGACCUCAACGUGAACGAAUGCAGACACAACCCCUGUAAGAACGGCGGGCACUGCGUCGACCUGGUCAAUGACUUCCACUGCAAGUGUGCCGACAGCUGGAAGGGCAAGACCUGCCACUCGCGCGAGAAUCAGUGUGACUCCACCACCUGCAGUAACGGAGGCACCUGCUACGACCACGGGGACGCCUUCCGCUGUGCCUGCCCGCCCGGGUGGGGGGGCAACACCUGCAACACGGCCAUGAACAGCACCUGCUCGUCCAGCCCCUGCUCCAACGGAGGCACCUGCGUCGGCGGAGGAGACACCUUCACGUGCAUCUGCAAAGAGGGCUGGGAGGGCCCCGCCUGUGGCCGAAACACCAACGACUGCAACCCUCACCCGUGCUACAACGGCGGUGUCUGUGUAGAUGGGGUGAACUGGUUCCGCUGCGAGUGCGCGCCCGGUUUUGCUGGUCCAGACUGCCGCAUCAAUAUAAACGAAUGCCAGUCGUCGCCCUGUGCUUACGGCGCCACCUGCGUGGACGAGAUCAACGGAUUCCGCUGCAUCUGCCCUUUGGGGAGAACGGGGACGCUAUGCCAAGAGUUCGUGGGCAUCGGGAAGACCUGCCACCACCACGGCCUCCAGUUCCCUCACGGCAGCCUCUGGGACGAGGAGUGCAACAGUUGUCGCUGCGCCGAUGGCAAAGUGCUCUGCACUAAGGUGCUGUGCGGCCGCCUCCCCUGUCUGCUCCAGAGCCCCCCAGGAGGCGAGGAGGCGGGCGGGGGCGUGCGCCGGCCGUGCCCCGCGGGCCGGGAGUGCCUGGAGCACGGCUACCUCACCUGCUUCUCGCCCCCCUGCCACCAGUGGGGGGUCUGUUCCGCCCCGGGCCCCCUGCUCACGCCCCCGCCCACCAAGUGCCAGCCCAACACGGGCUACCUGGACAACAGCUGCGCCCACAUCACGCUGGUCUUCAACCGGGACAAGGUGCCCACCGGCACCACGGUGGAGAACAUCUGCUCAGAGCUGCGCUACCUGCCAGACACCCGGUCUCUGGCCCAGGACCAUGCCCUGGUCCUGCUCUGUGACCUGUCCCACUCCACCAGCGACGCCGUGGAGGUGGCCAUCUCCUUCCAGCCUCAGGACCAGUCAGACCAAAGCAGGAUCCAGGACGCGGUCAGCAUCAUCGUCGGCACGCUGUCCAAGCGCCACAACAGCACCGUCAUGCCUGCGGUCAUCAAGGUCAAUGUGGAGACGCAGGCAUUUCCUCCGUCACUGGACUACCUGGUGCCCCUGCUGUGCGCCCUCUCCUGCGUGCUCUGCCUGCUCUGUGUGUGCGUGUGCGCCUGGUGGACCCGCAAGCGGAGAAAAGAGCGGGAGAGAAGGAGGGGCGGAGGCGGGGCCCUGGGAGGCGGCGGCGGCGGCGGCGGCACGGCCUCGGAGAGCGUGAACAACCAAUGGGAGGCUCUCCGGCCGCAGAAGCAGCAGCAGGAGCAGCAGCAGCCGCCGCAACAGCAGCUUCCGCUGCUCAAAGACAGCAACCGAGAGGCGGAGCAGGAGCGGAAGAAGCUCAUUGGCUCCUCCUAUCGGACGUGUGACGGAGAGGACGACGAGGAAGAGGAGGAGGAGGAGGAAGAGGAGGAGGAGAUGGAGGGAAAGCUGGAGUUUGAGGGGGACGUGGCGAUGGAGGCGGGGAAGUGGCAGGUUUGCAAGUACUCAAAGGGGGCGGCGCAGCCCAGCGAGGGGGUGAUCUGCACCUCGCGCAGCACCGGGGCGGCGCUCCACAAGGCGCCACACCGGACGCCCGCCUACUGCCCCAAAGACAACCGCUGGAGACACCCCAGCGUGGGCGCACCCGCGCCCAGAGGCUCCAGAGACCAUUGUGUAUAAAGGUGGACCUAGGGGGGCGUAGAGAGACAAAGCAGCAGGACUUUUGGACCAUAAGACGUGAGACAGCGCACGUUGAGUGGCUGUACUUUUUUGGGGGCGAUACGAAAAGGGGUUAAAAAAAGGCUUUAAGUUGAACGAAGCCAUUCUUUUUUUUUUUUUUACUAUUGUCUCUCUGAAGAAUUGUUCAGCCUAAGCGUUAGAAAGAAGUCGGCUUCGAGUUUUGGCUUCAGGAUUUUUUUUUAAUUGAUAUUAUUAUUAUUAUUAUUAUUUUUAUGACUAUCAUUAUGUUCGAAGGAGAAGAACAAAACUAUCCAGUAGGCUGGAAAAUGCCCAUCCCUAUCUUUUUUUUAUUAUUAUUAUUAUUGUACCAUUUUUGUAAGGAUGAUAAGUCUACAUGGAUAAAGAAUAGUUCCUGUAUUCGUUUUGUUUGUUUACAGAUGAUGAUGGUUUGUGUUUUGGUAAGCAGGCUCCUCAUUGGUGAAACAACCAACCAACACUAAAAGGGGUGGGGGGGGAGAUCACCGGACCGCUUCUUCUUCUUCUUCCCAUGAAAAGUGUUCAAUGGGACUAGACCGGCUCAUAGUCAGGACCUGCAGCCGCCCUCCACCAUCUC